UUUCUCCCACCUUGCAACCAGGUGCCCGAGGGCAAGGAGGUCGAAGGCAUGAACAUCCUCGGCCUGGUGGUCUUCGCCAUCGUCUUCGGGAUCGCCCUGAGGAAGCUCGGGCCUGAAGGGGAGAACCUGAUCAAGUUCUUCAACUCCUUCAAUGAAGCCACCAUGAUCCUGGUUUCAUGGAUUAUGUGGUACGCCCCCUUGGGGAUCAUGUUUCUGGUAGCCGGCAAGAUUGUGGAGAUGGAAGACGUGGUGCUUCUCUUCACCAGCCUGGGCAAAUACAUCUGCUGCUGCCUGGUGGGCCAUGCCAUCCACGGCCUGCUGGUUCUCCCGGGGAUCUACUUCAUCUUCACCCGCCGCAACCCUUACCGCUUCCUGUGGGGCAUCUUCACGCCGCUGGCCACCGCCUUCGGGACUUCCUCCAGCUCUGCCACUUUGCCCCUGAUGAUGAAGUGCGUGGAGGAG